AAACUAACAUGGUGGGUUGUACGGCUAUUAUCGGACGAUUGAGAUGACAAACUCAGAACAGUGAUUUUAAAACACACCAGAAUGAUAUGGAUAUAGGCACUUAUUGACAGAAGGUAUAACAAUCGGAUAAUACAGUACGAUCAAAUAUAUUCUAUGACACAAGACGUCAAUACAGUGAUAUGAAAAUACAUGAAUGGAGGUGGCGCUACCUUAUACUGAUAUGUGACUGUCUACUCGCCCUUGGAUGUUACUACAACCUAGGGGUACCGAGCGCUGUACAGGCCGAUAUCCAGGGCUCGGGGGUUUCUAACUGUACACGUGACAACUCUUCUGUGUCAGCUAACACGACAUGUUGUGAUGAAUGUCUCGGCCUUGGACCUCAGAAGUACAACCUCUUGUUCUCUGUACUGUCAUGGACGUCGGCGGCCGUUUCAAUACCCGGAGGGUAUUUCAUAGACAAGAUAGGAAACAAAGCCUCCGCCGUGUUGAUCCCAUCGAUAUUCACUAUGGGUAUGGUGCUGUUUGCCCUGGCGGGGUCCCCGGCUGUUCGGGGAACGCCCUAUAUGUUUCCCCUUAUGCUAAUCGGCAGGAUGACUCUCGGCUUCGGCACGGGACCAGGAAGAGUUUUACAGAAUCGAGUGGUGUCCUUCUGGUUUAGAGACAACAGCGUUCUGCCGGUCAGCUUCCUUAUCUUCACUAUUAGGUCAGGGCAAUGUCCUCAACUUCUUCCUCACCGCUAACCUGGCUCAAUGGUAUGG